AAUUUAAUAAUGGUUUUAAAGUUUCUCAAAUGAACGCAGGACUAGAUGUUUCUUUUAGAACAUUCACCGAGUCUCUCUCAUCUCAUCAUCGUCUUCAACCUCAGGAAAAUUAGCUGCAACUGAUUAUAUUCUAUUAUCAUACACUCGUUGACAAUGGAAGAUAAACGCUCACGCAAGCGCCAGUUCUUUGAAGACAAAGAUUCCAGCAAACAACCCAUGCAGAAAAGAGUGAGAUUCCCGAAGGGUAAGAAGGUGAAGCCUGGGGAUGAUGUGGUGGUGGACAAAGGCAAAGCUGUUGAUGAUGGCCAAACUGACUUAACAGAUCCUCGUUUUGCUGCCAAGGAGCGUGCUAAUCGUAGGAACCAAAUGACUUAUGAGCUUUGUAGUGAAGAAAAUAGAGGCAUUAUUAAUAUCUCAGCUGCUGAAGAGACUUAUGAGGAUAAUGAAAAUUUCGUUGAUGAUGGGAUUCACAUAGAGCCCUUUAAUCUGGACAAGGAGAGAGAAGAGGGUUAUUUUGAUGCAGAUGGAAAUUUCGUUGAAUAUGUCAAUGAUAAUGAAAUCAAGGAUGCAUGGCUUGAUAGUCUUGAAAUUGAUCAAAGAUUUGCUGGUACUGCUGUCACACAGCAACAUGUUGAUAAUGAAGUCGAAGAUGAGAUGCCUGACCUCACUUCUGAAGAGCUAGGAGUGAUAAAGAGGCGUAUCGCCAACAUGCUUGAGCGGGGAGAAACUGUUACACAAGCUUUGAGAAGACUGAAGGGAAAUUCAAAUAACAAAAAGGAAAAGAUGUCAGCAGAGAAAAAGCGUGUAUUUGACCAGCUAACUGAGGAUGCCAUGAAGCUAAUGGAAGAGAAUGGGGAAUUCAAUGUGUAUAAUGACAAGCGGGAAACUUUUGUGCGUGAGGCAGAGGGUUAUGAGAGAUUAGCUCAGUCAAGGGGAAAGGGCCCAUCUUUGAAUGCUGGACAGGGAAAUCAUGAUUCAAAUGGGGUGAAGUACUCAUUUUCUGAUGGAACUGCUCCUCGAUCUGCUUCUUCGUUGUUCUCUGAAUCUGCAGUGGGAACCUCAAGUGCCAAUAUAACUGCAACUGAAAUGCCAAAUACUGAAGGUGAUGGGUAUGAUAUGUUUGGGGAUGAUGAUGAAAAUGCUACUGAUAAACCACCUACUGAUGAGCCUAACACGAGUGCAAUCAGUCAAUCAUCAUCAGAUGUGCAGAACACAGCUUCUGAGAGUGGAUCUUUGGAAACUGAUUAUGUCUAUGAUGAGUCUUCUGGGUAUUAUUACAGCAGCAGUUUGGGUUACUAUUAUGAUCCGUCUACCGGACUAUAUUGCUCUGCGGCUUCAGGGCAAUGGUACUCAUAUAACGAGGAGACUGGUGCAUAUGAUGAGGUUUAUGAGGCUGUUGGUGCUUGAAGAAAUUUUGUCUUCUCUUAUCUCUAGAGUCAAUAAUUUUAUACGGGGAACUACUGAACUCAAAUCUCUUUCUGCCAUCACUCUUCAAGUUUCUAUUGAGGUCUAUGAUUUCCAGGUUUUGUCGUAAACCUAAUUGGUUACUUCCAACUACGUAAAUCAAUAGUUCAAACUGCACUUAAAGGUAAGACAUUUCCCAUUUUUUAUAGGAACUUCUGUACCUGAAGUAAUGGUAUCCUCCAGAAUAGCGUACAACUUUGCAGCUACACUUUAGGGUUUUGUACAGGAUACAGAAUUUGUAACACUAGAGAUUGGAAAUUAUGCUAGUUGGUUUUCCGUUGAAAGCUAACUAUUUUAAUGCUCCAGUUACAUUUUAUUUUUUGGGUCAAACGUAUUACAUUUCCUUCAAUGAUCUUGGAAAACAUAGCAGUUAUCCUGUGAGAGCAUCUGUAAAUUUUGAAGCAAGUACAUGUAUGGGGGGGGGAGACUUGGGAAGGUUGGUGGUCGGCGAGCAAAGGAUCUUUCAUCGGAGCUUGGAGUUUUGGAAGAAAAGAUUCUUUUUUGCCUUGGUAAUACAUGCUCAUAACCUGCAACGAGACUGAUCUCUUAUUUGUUCUCGUAUUAUUGUGAUUAAUUUAUGACUAGAAUAGAGUCGAGCUGGCUUGAUCUCAGUUUGAACAA